AUGGGAGGAAUUCGUGAAAAGAAGGCUGAAUACUUCGCUAAAUUGAGAGAGUACUUGGAAGAGUACAAGUCCAUCUUUGUUGUUGGUGUUGACAAUGUCUCUUCCCAACAAAUGCACCAAGUCAGAAAGGCUUUGAGAGGCAGAGGUGUUGUCUUGAUGGGUAAGAACACCAUGGUCAGAAGAGCUAUCAGAGGUUUCAUCUCUGACUUGCCAGACUACGAAAAGUUGUUGCCUUUCAUCAAGGGUAACGUUGGUUUCAUUUUCACCAACGAAUCCCUAAAGGACAUCAAGGAAGUCAUUGUCGCCAACAAGGUUGCCGCUCCAGCUAGAUCUGGUGCUGUCGCUCCAGAAGACAUUUGGGUUAAGGCCAUGAACACCGGUAUGGAACCAGGUAAGACCUCUUUCUUCCAAGCUCUUGGUGUCCCAACCAAGAUUGCCAGAGGUACCAUUGAAAUUGUCUCUGACGUUAAGGUCGUUGAAGCCGGUAACAGAGUCGGUCCAUCUGAAGCCUCUUUGUUGAACUUGUUGAACAUCUCUCCUUUCACUUACGGUUUGACUGUUGUCCAAGUCUACGACCAAGGUCAAGUCUUCCCAUCCACCAUCUUGGAUAUCACCGACGAAGAAUUGGUCUCCCACUUCGUCUCUGCCGUCACCACCGUCGCUGCUAUCUCUUUGGCUGCCGGUUACCCAACCUUGCCAUCUGUUGGUCACACUUUGAUCAACAACUACAAGAACUUGUUGGCCGUCGCUAUCGCUUCUUCUUACCACUACCCAGAAAUUGAAGAAUUGAUCGACAGAAUCGAAAACCCAGAGAACUACGCUUCCGCUGCCCCAGCUGCCGCUGCUGCCUCCGGUGACGCUGCUCCAGCUGAAGAAGCUGCUGCUGAAGAAGAAGACGAAUCCGAUGACGACAUGGGUUUCGGUUUGUUCGACUAA